CUACCCAAUAAAUUUCUGAAAUAAAUACAUAUAUUACGUUUUUAGGAGGGAUUUUUUAAUUUCAACUCCCGAAAAAGUUCUGCAUUUAUCUUCUUCGCCUGUAGAGGUUUUCGAGGAGCUUUCAUUACCAAGUCCUUCUCUAUCCACUAACCUUUGCCUUAGAUUGCUCGGGAAGUAGAAAGAGAUUACUUAAUGGCUCCCGCAUUCGGCAAAUGUUUCACGUUCUGCUGCGCUAAGACCUCUCCGGAAGGAGACGAAAUGGCAACGGAUGCGUAUGAAGCCGCCAUCAAAGGACUUAAGGAUCUUCUCAGUAAGAAGGCAGAUCUAGGGAACGUGGCCGCGGAAAAGAUCAAAGAGUUGACUCAGGAGCUUAAGGAGCUUGAUUCCAGCAACUCUGACGCCGUUGAACGUAUCAAAUCCGGUUUCACCCACUUCAAAACUCAGAAAUACUUGAAAGAUAGUGCUCGGUUCAAUGAUCUCGCCAAGGGUCAGAGCCCAAAGUUUCUGGUAUUCGCCUGUUCUGAUUCUCGAGUGUGUCCAUCUCACAUAUUGAAUUUCCAACCUGGAGAAGCCUUUGUUGUCAGAAACAUUGCAAACAUGGUUCCACCUUUCGACCAGAAGAGACAUUCUGGCGUUGGUGCCGCCGUUGAAUACGCGGUUGUACAUCUCAAGGUGGAGAACAUUCUGGUGAUAGGCCAUAGCCGUUGCGGUGGGAUUAAGGGACUCAUGUCCAUUGAAGAUGAUGCUGCACCAACUAAGAGCGACUUUAUAGAAAACUGGGUGAAGAUCGGCGCAUCAGCAAGGAACAAGAUCAAGGAGGAACAUCAAGGCCUAGACGAUGAAGCUAAAUGCACCGAGUGUGAGAAGGAAGCUGUGAAUGUGUCGCUUGGAAACUUGCUUUCAUACCCAUUUGUGAGAGCUGAAGUAGUGAAGAACACAUUGGCGAUAAGAGGAGCUCACUACAAUUUCGUCAAAGGAACCUUCGAUCUCUGGGAGCUCGAUUUCAAGACCACUCCUGCUUAUGCCUUCUCUUGAACAUAACUCUUGUGAGAUUUGCGCUUUUGUCUCACAAAAGCUUUGACUGCAUCCUUUCUUUCUUCUCAUGUUGAUUCUGAUCUCAACUUUUAUUUAUCAUUUCCACAUUUCAGACUUGCAACUUUGCUGCUUCUGUUUCAAAAAGCUGUUAACAAUAAUACUCUGAACAACCUUUUAAGCUUGUUUAUUUCGUCUAA